UCAAGGCAAUCCUCUGACAAACAUUAAUAGACUGUAGUACAUCUUCGCCUUAUACGACUUGGGUAUAUUCCAGCUCCGCUUUUAUUUUGAGUCCCCGUCGUUAAUUCGUUCUUCGUUCUGACAUCAAGUUCAUCCGGUUGUCACAAAACCGUCGAGCAAAAAUGGUUCACGUAACACACAUCCACCUUGUAAGUGUAACAGGAAUUAGUGUAGGAAUAUUGUGGAAGAUAUUCUCCAGUUGGCAUGGACCUAGUGCCCGACCAAUCCUAAAUGCCCUUCAUUUAGGAUCCUUUGCCUUAAACUUUGGUACACAACACUGGGUUUCAUUCAUUGCAGGUCCUGUAAUGAUAAUGGUGCUCCCUCGCCACAAGUUUGGUGAGGUACAAAGCAAGCUGUUCCCCUGCUUUUUCGCACUUGGAACCGUAACUUCAUCAAUCACGUUAAUGACAUAUGUAUUGAAAAACCCAUAUGUAAGCUGGGAUACUCAGAAUAAAAUUCAGGUUGCCAUGCUCUCUUCUAAUCUGGUCUUUUCCCUGCUAAACUUCCUUGUGUUUGGCCCUCAGUCCGCAGACGCUAUGUUUAAACGACAUAACUUGGAGCAGAAAGUUGGAGUCGGACAUGAAGUAGGUUUCAGUGUCGAUCGCUCAGAACUCAUGAAAAAUCCAAUCUAUGCUGCCAUCAAUAAAACCUUCAGCCGUUACCAUAUGGCAAGCACGUUCUCAAACUUCCUCAUUAUGCUAGGUAAUUUUUCGCAUCUGUAUUCCCUGUCUUUCAGAGGCCUCUAAUUGAUUUCCGGCAUUUUUUUUUCCUCUCAAUUUUAUAUAGUAAUUUGUCAUUUUUUUUUUUUUUGAAGUUUUUGUAAUUAAAAAUUUUUUUGCAAAAAUAAAUGUUGAUUUAAACAUAA